CACAGGAGUCCCUGCAGAGCCAGUCUGGGUGGGUGCCCCUCCUGCUGGCCCUGCUGCACGAGUACACAGCCAGCAACUCCCACUGGAAGCCUUAUCUAUCCCUCUGGAAGGACUUCAGGAGCCUGGACCACCCCAUGUUCUGGCCUAAAGAAGAGAGAACGAGGCUCCUGCAGGGCACGGGCAUCCCUGAAGCAGUGGACAAGGACCUGGCCAACAUCCACAUGGAAUACAGCUCCAUCAUCCUGCCCUUCAUGCAGGCCCACCCCGACCUCUUUGACCCCAAGGUGCACACGCUGGAGCUGUACAAGGAGCUGGUGGCCUUUGUCAUGGCCUACAGCUUUCAGGAGCCUUUGGAGGAGGAAGAUGAAGAUGAGAAAGGGCCCAACCCUCCGAUGAUGGUGCCUGUGGCAGAUAUUUUGAAUCACGUGGCCAAUCACAACGCCCACCUGGAAUACUCUCCCCAAUGCCUGAGCAUGGUGACAACAAGGCCCAUCAGCAAAGGUCAGGAGGUCUUCAACACCUACGGGCAGAUGUCCAACUGGCAGCUCCUGCACAUGUAUGGCUUUGCCCAGCCCUUCCCUGGCAACACCCACGACACAGCCGACAUCCAGAUGGUGACCCUGCGCCGCGCCGCCCUGCGCCGUGCCAGGAGUGAAGCAGAGCAGCAGCUGGUCCGUGAGCAGUGGGACUUCUUGUGCCAGCUGGAGAUGGUGGGGGAAGAAGGUGCCUUUGUGCUGGGCUGGGAUGAGGUGCUGACAGAGGAAGAGCUGUCCACAAGCCUCAAGGUGCUGUGCAUGUCAGAAGAGGAAUUCAAGGAGUACAAGGAACAGGAUGGCUGGGAGGAUGACAGUGAGGAAGAGGAAAACUCAACCCUUUCUAACGAGGCUCUCUCCAGGCUGAAACCUUCUUGCAAAAAGCUCCUUCAUGACAGUGUUUUGCUGACCCUGGAGUCCUACAGCUCAGACCUGAAAGAAGACCAGGACUUGUUAAAUAACAAGGAGGCUUUUGGGAAGCUGAGCAGAAGGGAGCAGCAAGCUCUGCACGUGCGGUACGGGCAGAAGAAGAUCCUGCAUCAGGUGCUAGAGCUGGUGCACUAG